GGUAGUCGGCAGUAUAAAAGCGAACUGGCUGAUCCAUUUCGUGCUCACACGCGCUCAAACUCUCGCUUUCUGCUCCACUCUAGUGCCUGCUCCGUCAUAAUGUACAAAUUCCUCCCUCUGCUCGUCCUUGCUGUGGUGGCGGCCUGCGGCCAUGCCCUGCCCGUGGAGCGCGAAGUGAUUGAGAUCCUCAGCUCGGAGACCAACAAGUUCGCCGAUGGGUCCUACAAUUCCCAGUACUCGACGGCGGACGGAACCAGCCGCCAGGAGGAGGCUAGCGUCGUGGACAAGGACACCGAAGAUGAGGCGCUGGAGGUGAAGGGCUCCUACAAGUACAUCAAUGAAGAUGGCCAGGAGGUGGAGGUCCACUACACAGCGGGCAAGAAUGGUUUCGUGCCCUACGGCUCCAUCAUCAAUCCGGAGAUCACAGCUGUGGCCGAGGCGGCCAAGGAUCUGCCCAAAGAGCCCGAACUGAAACCAAAGGCAUUGCAGGAGGCGUAGUUUUGUAUCGUAUGUAUCUACGAGUAUAAAUAAAAAUCCAAAUAAAUUACCAAAAAGAA